AUGAAAUCAUUCUUCUUGGAUGCUCCGACACCAUAUGAAUUGAGGGAGACUAUUCUGCAGAGAGAGGUGGAUGAGACAAGGGAGAUCAUUGAAAAAUUUAAGAAGAGUUGCGCACUUAACGGGUGCUCCAUACUGACCGAUGCUUGGAGUGAUCGAAAGAUGAGAAGUAUUAUGAAUAUAGUUGUGCAUUCAGAUGGAGGAACAACAUUUUUAGGUUCAUGUGAUGCAUCGGGCGACAAGCAUGAUGCGAAUUAUAUAUGCAACUAUGUGGAGAAAGCAAUUGAAGAGUUGGGGGCACAGAAUGUUGUGCAAAUUGUCACAGAUGGAGCUUCAAAUAACAUGGCAGCCGCAAAAAGCUUAGCAAUUAAGAAGCCAAAUAUAUUUUGGACAACUUGUGCGGCACACACUAUUAAUUUGAUGUUAGCCGAUAUAGCCAAAAUAAGACCUAUUCGGAGUGCAAUUGCAAUGGGAAGAACUGUGUCGGUGUACAUUUAUAGCCACACGAGAUCUCUUCAUGUGAUGAGAGAAUUUGCACGUGGGGACCUUGUUAGACCCGGGGUGACACGAUUUGCCACAGCUUUCCUUGCUUUGGAAUCAUUGAGAGAUAAAAAGAAAGUGUUGAAGCAAAUGUUUGUCUCUAAUGAAUGGAUGGAAUGCGAGCUUUCAACAAAAGAAGCGGGGAAAAAGGUUACUGAGAUUAUUCAUAGCAACAAGUUUUGGGACAACGUUGAUCUUGCCCUUAGAGUUUUUUCUCCUUUGGUGAAGGUUCUAAGGAGAGUAGAUGGUGAUAAAAUCCCCUCAAUGGGGUUUGUGUAUGGAGACAUGAUGAAGGCUAAGGAGGAGAUCAAAGAGGCCUUUCAGGAUGAAGAGAAGAAAUAUCUUCUUAUAGAGAAGAUUAUUGAUAAGAGAUUUGAUGCCAAGCUUAAAGAACCACUCCAUAAAGCAGGAUAUUAUUUAAAUCCUUAUUUCUACUAUCCAAAUCUUAUGGAGAUUGAAAGAGAUGGAAGUUUCUUGAGUUGCCUUGUUGAUUGUAUGAACAAAUUCUAUCCAGAUGAUGGUGACAUGCUUGGCAAGAUUGGAGACCAACUCUCUGAUUAUCAGCAUCAAAGAGGAUCAUUCGGGAGAGAACUUGCAAAGAGAGAAGCAAAAAAGCCUAAUAAUAAUCCGGUUAUAUGGUGGAAACUUUUUGGCAUUGACGCUUCCGAGAUUCAGAUGAGGGAAUGGAUAAUAUUCCAACAUUUAGCUCCGAUGAAGAUUAAUUUAGUUAUCUUUGCUUUUGCAGCUUUGCUUUCUUUUGGAUUUGCUAUUUGA